GAAAAAUAAAAAUAAAAACGGAACAUCAGUGGAAAUAUGUUUCACUUGUGGUGAGCAACGUUUCUUUUUGUGUUGAACUUACGAUAAGUAAUUUAAUUAAAAGUAUUUUCAAUCGAGUGGAUGAUGUCCAUUAAAAAUUCCAAAAAUUUCUACCAAAAGUUGACUAGAAUCAACAAAAACCAUCAAACCCUUUCGAUAUGGUGGAGUCCGUGCUUUUUCAUUCCGUGGGUGAUAUUAACUGUCGUUCUAUUGGUUAUUUACAAUGCGCUACCAACAGGAAUUCUACAGCAAGAUGAGCAAAACCAUCCGGAUCGAUUUAUUGGUGAGCGAGCGCAGAUCUACAACCGAGAGAUUACAGACAUUGGACCGAAAGUGGUUGGUAGCCAUUUGAAUGAGGUGGUGGCUAUUGAAAUUCUGCGAAGACAGGCACAGGAUAUAAUCAAUGACAAGGAUCCGGUCCACAACAUCGAAAUAGACGUUCAGGUCGCCUCAGGAAGUUUUCAAUUGUUCACAAUGAUAACGGUCUAUCAAAACAUUCAAAACUUCAUUGUCCGACUAAGUCCUUCCAAUGCGACCGCAGAGCACAGUUUACUGUUGAAUACACAUUUUGACUCUGUUCCAGUGAGUCCUGGUGGAGGCGAUUCGUGUACAUUUGUCUCGGUUAUGAUGGAAACUCUUCGCGUUAUGUCCAAAAGUACCACACCGUUUCGUCAUAAUGUGGUUUUCUUGUUUAAUGGCGCUGAAGAAAAUGGACUGCACGGAUCGCAUGCAUUCAUCACACAGCACCGAUGGGCUCAAAAUGUUAAAGCUUUUAUCAACAUGGAUGCGGCUGGUAGUGGUGGCAGGGAAGUGUUAUUCCAAUCGACGAUACGCAAUCAAUGGAUGAUGAAUUAUUACAACCGUGUCGCACCUCGUCCAAUGUCUACGUCGUUGGGUGAGGAGAUCUUCCAAACCGGUGUUAUUCCAUCGGACACGGACUUCCGAAUAUUUAGAGAUUAUGGAAGAAUUCCAGGCAUGGACUUUGCGGUCUAUAAAGACGGAUACGUCUACCACACUAGAAAUGAUAUUUCGGAUAUGAUUCCGAUCGGUACGUUCCAGAAUGGUGGCGACAAUAUCUUAGCAUUAACUAGAGCUGUUGCGAACUCACCUGAGUUGUCUAUUGCCGAUACUCUACCGGGGGAAAAGCUUGUCUUCUAUGACUUCCUUGGAUGGUUUAUGAUAAGUUAUAACACGACAAUUGCCAUAGUUAUCAACGUUAUCGUAGCGUUAGUGGCCCUGGUAGCUGUUGCAUUGUCACUGAUAAGUUUCAGAAACAAUUUAGAUCUAAAGUGGUGCCAUUUAACUCUGGAAUUUACGGUGGUUUUCUUGAUCCAAAUACUCUCAAUUGCCCUUGCAAUCGGAGUUGUACUUUUAUUGGCAACUAUUUUCGAUGCUGUUUCACGUUCCAUGAGUUGGUUUUCCAAUAAAUGGCUGGUAUUCGGUUUAUUUUAUUGCCCUUUAAUAUUCUGCCUGGGUAUCGGACCGGCAACAUACGUGUCGUUCAAGAGCAAGAAAGCAAUUAGUUUGAGUUGCUACAUUCAAAUGUUUCUCCAUUCGCAAUGCAUCGUUUACAUCAUAUUAAUAUUGGUAAUGACUGGAAUGGGAUUAAGAUCAGCGUUCCUUUUGUUGUUCGCUUUGAUUUUUUACUCGCUGACGACGUUCAUUAAUCUGUUAACCAGAUUACAAUCAAGAGGUUCUAUUUGGAUACUCGUUCAUUUUAUAGGGCAAGUGAUUCCGUUCCUUUUCUACGCAUACUAUGCCGUUUACUCUUUAGACAAUUUCAUACCGAUCCAAGGGCGGUCGGGACCGACAACAAAUCCGGAAAUUCUCGUUGCCAUAGUUGCUGGCUCUACGGGUAUACUAUUGGCUGGACAAUUGAUCCAAACACUUUGCAUAUUUAGACGGCCAGUCAUUUGGAUGUGUGGAUUUCUGUUCGUAUUUUUCGUCUUUAUCAUUCUAAUGGCGACACCACUCGGUUUCCCCUACAGAGAUCAGUUGUCGCAGCAAAGAUUCUGGAUUUUCCACACCGAACGUCAAUUUUACAACUUCGACAAAUCGGUGAGACGAGAUAAUUCGGGAUAUUUUAUGUUGCCUAUGGACCGUCACAGCAAUCACUUUGUUGAAAGUUUAAUGCCCGAAUUUGCCAAUCAAGUAAGCUCAGCAGAUGAGUGCGAGAAUGAAAUGUUUUGUGGAGCACCAUUGUACAUGUCUAGGAUGAUCGAACAAUCUUAUCACAGCACGUGGAUACCAUCCGCUAAGCCCGUUUUUCCAAUGGCAACAAUUUUAGAAUUGGUAGAAACUGUUGCGCUGGAUACUAAUCAAAAUACUAGAUUCAGAUUCCGACUGAAUGGUCCCGAUCGUGUGGCAAUAUUUUUAAGAGCAUUAAAUGGCAGCGAAAUCAUAGACUGGAGCUUUUCCACAUCAUUGCCAAAGAGUGUGUCAGAAUUUCAGAACGCCCCGUUGUAUUUCAUUUAUAUUGGCCAGGGCAAAGUCAAUUUGGAAUACAAUUUUUUCAUCGACAUUAAGAGAGCUAAUUCCAUUCAGCCAAGUAUCGCUUUAACCACUGUCGGUCAUUACACACAUCACGAUGAAUAUCAAACUGCAGAGUUUCAAAAUUUCAUCAACAGCUUCCCACCGUGGGCUCACGUUACGCCAUGGAUGUGUUCAUACACUAGCUACUUGUUCUAGUUGAUGUGGGCUAUUUGUUAGCGACAGAACUAAUAAUAGUAAUUUACCAUGCCAGGAGUAAUGAAGUACAAUAUUUUGUUUCUGACACUAAAAUACAUUCAACAACUGAAAUAAGAAAU